AGACUUACCUACAUGGGAAUUUACGCCUUCACACUAGCCAGUAGCAACUACUUCACACCAGUCAUCUGCGGUUUGAUUGCAGAGUAUCACCGUUGGCAGUGGGUUUUCUAUUGGCCAGCGUUAUUCCUUGCGUUUGUCUUCAUACUGCUGCUCUUUUUCAUGGAGGAAACCAACUACACCCGCACGUGCCCGUCCCACAAACCGGCAUCCACGACGUCCCCUUCCACAGCUUCGGGAGCCGGGUCAAGUAGUCUGUCAGCAGCUGCGACAUCGCCAGCUGUAUCAGAACCCGGGGAAACAUACCCGGCGAUCAAGACUUACAUGCAAAAGCUGUCCAUUUGGCAGCCGUCUCCAGGCCAGGGAAUGCUUAGCCGUGCGUUACGGUCCGUCAGAUUUCUGUCGUGGCCCAUUAUCUUCUAUGCUGGGUUUUCCUACGGGACAUACCUGAUCUCGUUCAACGUCUUGAACGCCACGGCAUCAAUGAUCCUUUCCGGUGAGCCAUAUAACUUUCCCCCUUCCCUGGUCGGGAUCAGCUAUUUCUCCUGCUGCGUAAACAUGCAUUAG